AUGGACCCUACUAACGGCUGGUACGAAGGAACAGUGUCAGCAAUUACUUUGGACAAUAGCAUUGUGCGUUCAUGCAGCGCACCAUCAGGUAGUCCUGUCGGUCUCGAAAGCGGUAAAAUUCCUGACGAUGCUAUUACAGUUUCAAGUGAAUUCAGUUACCUCGUUGAUAGCUCGAAAUUGCGCCUGAAUGGUCCUUCUGCCUGGGUCCCUAGUAAUAGUGACGUUAACCCCUGGCUUCAGAUUACUUUCAAUUCAACAUUUGUCAUCACUGCUAUCACAACACAAGGCAUGUCAAAUGCUGAACAGUGGAUGACGUCAUACACUGUGUCCUUCAGUGAAGGAGGAACAUCCUGGACCUACUACAAAGAUAUCGUUACAAAUUCAGUCAAGGUUUUCACAGGUAACUACGACCAAAAUAGUUAUGUAGUCCACACCUUCUUUACACCGAUAGUUUGCCGAUAUUUUCGUAUCCAUCCAAAGACGAAGAAAGAUUACGCAGCACUCAGAUUAGAGCUUACGGGCUACGGACCUAUCAAUGAAUUAUUAGCUGGUAUGAAUGUGGGUGAAUCUGGAUGUUCACAUUCUCUGAGAGGGGAUAAAAUGGGAGUAGAAGAUGGACGAAUCCCAGACUCUAGUCUUACCGCUUCAUCGUCGUACAGCGAAGACUUUAUUCCACCAGCUGGGAGAUUAAAUGGAGGAGUGACUAUACAUAAUAAUGCUGCAUGGCUUGCAACGAAUAAUGAUGGAGAUAAAUGGGUCAAGAUUGAUGUUGGGAAACCUUCUUCCAUUACUGGUAUCAUCGUACAAGGACGAUAUAAUCUACAACAAUGGAUUACGUCGUUAAAAGUGUCCUAUUCACUAGAUGACAUCGAAUGGACUUUCGCAUUGGAAGGACAAUGCGGUGAGGUAAAAAUAUACUCGGCAAACUAUGAUAAUACAACACCUGUGACCAUCCUGUUUAACCAACUCGUCAUUGCUCGAUACGUAAGGAUUCAUCCUAUUACAUGGGUUUUGCAUCAGGCCAUGAGAUAUGAAGUUCUUGGUAUACAAGAUUAG